AUGAAUAUCAACAAAGCUUGCGAUCUGAAAUCGAUUUCUGUGUUUCCUCCUAAUCUAAGAAGGAGAUCGAGUGUUGAACCACAAGCAUCGCAGCUUCGAUCACAACAGUCGCAGCAGUCGUUCUCGCAGGGACCUUCGUCGCAGCGUGGAUGUUUUUCUCAGAUGACUCAGAGUUCAAUCGAUGAACUCCUGAUAAAUGAUCAGAGAUUUGGUUCUCAAGAACGAGAUCUCUCUUUGAAGAAGAAUAGUUUCUUGCCCCCGAUCAAUCAUAAACGAGACGAUAGCCAGAUGCCUGCGUCUAGGUCUUCGAGUGGUGGUCUUACGAGAAGAUGGAGUUCUGUUUCAGCUGGAGAAUCGAAAUCUCAGAUCAGUGAAGAACUUGAGCAACGGUUUGGGAUGAUGGAAACUUCUUUGAGCAGGUUUGGGAUGAUGUUAGAUUCAAUUCAGAGUGACAUCAUGCAAGCCAACAGAGGAACUAAAGAAGUAUUUCUUGAAACUGAACGGAUACACCAAAAGUUAACUCUCCAAGACACUUCACUUCAGCAGCUGAUAAAGGAACAAGCAGAUGUUAAAGCUAGUCUUGAUGGAGCUGUUAAAUCUAUUUUGGAGGAACUAAGCAAAGAUCCCAAUGAGGAGAAGCUACAGAAAAUGUUUCUGAUGCUAACAGCUAUCCCAGAGCAAGUAGAAGCCGCUCUGCAGAAAAUACAAAAGGAAAUAUGUCACACGUUCACCAGAGAAAUUCAGGUCUUGGCUAGCUUGAAGAUGCCUGAGCCAAGGGUUCAGGUUCCAACAGCACCACAAGUGAAGGCUAAGGAAAACCUGCCUGAGCAGCGCGGUCCAGCAGCCAAGGUUUUGGAUAACUUAAAGAUGCCUGAGCCAAGAGUUCAGGUCCCAACAGCACGACAAGUGAAGGCUAAGGAAAACUUGCCUGAGCAGCGUGAUCCAGCAGCCAAGUUGCAGAGCAAUGCCUAUUGUAACUCUACACUGAAAACGAAAGAACCACAGCUUCCUAGAAAAUCAGCCAGAACUGUGAAAACAUAUUUAUCCCCAAAUAUACAAGUGGGAAGUUGGAAGACGGUGAAACCAGACCAGAGAAAUGUCAAGAAAAGAGCAGCAAAAAAUCAAGUAAAAUCCGAAGGCACCCGUUUGCAGUUUGAACAAAGCAGUAUUGUCAUAGACUCAGAUGAAGAUAUAGAUGGAGGCCUUUCAUGCUUGCUCGAUGGUAACACCAAAGGAGCUAACUUCGAAUGGGACGCAGAGAAGGAAACUGAAAAGCUUCUGAGAUUAGCGAGGAGGACAAAGAGGAAGUUCGGUAACCCCAUUAUAAUUAACUGA